AUGUUGCUCAAAACCGCUUCCAGGCUCCUCUGCCUCCUCGCCCUCGCGGGUGAGGCUAUCGCCGGGGUUCAUUCUAAGCCCAGUGCACAGAUCGCCAAGAUCAUCAAGCAGGCCAAGAAAGAUGGUAUCGACUUGGAAGCACUUCCCUUCGCCCAAGCCGCCUUCCGCUCCAUUGAGGAGAUCUACGAAGCUGCUAACAUUCAGACUCGUUACGACUUUCGCAAUGCCUCAAGGAUUGACGUUCAUGCCCAUGCGGUUCCCAGUUUCUACUAUGACUUGGUUCCCUUGACAGGCGGCUCUCCCACUCCCGAGUGGAGCGUCCAGGACCAUCUUCAGUUCAUGGCAGAUAAUAACAUCACCCGUGGCAUUAUCUCCAUGUCAACCCCUGGUGCCACGGUUUUCUACGGGAAUGAAGCAUACUCCGUUGGCCUUGCUCGUCUGCUGAACGAGUGGCUCGCCGAGCUCAAGCGAAGUUACCCCAACCGGUUCGACUUCUACGCUGUCAUGCCCCUACCCUACAACACCGCUGCUCUCAAAGAAGCCCAAUACGCCCUCUCGUCACUUGAUGCCCUCGGUCUUGGCCUGCUCACCAAUCACGAAGGCUACUAUCUUGGUAGCGCCGCUCUGGCACCCUUCUUCGAGGCCCUCAACAACACUAUUCCCGGCGGCCCGCACGUCUGUAUCGUUCACCCCACUGAGCCUUUGAUGCGCGUUGGCAACGGUUCCUCUGUCAUUGUGGCAAACCCGACCACCUAUCCUACAGGCUUUGUCGAGUUCUACUUUGAGACGGCUCGGGCUCUGAUGGAUCUUGUCCUCAGCCAGACGCUGAUCAAGUACACGAACGUCAGGUGGUCGAUUGCUCAUGUGGGCGGGGCGUUCCCAGCCAUUGAGGAUCGGUUCGUGAAGAAGAGCGCGGCGUUGGAGAAGCUCGCUAAGCAGGCUUUGAACUCCAGGGUCUGGUAUGAUAGUGCGGGCCCGACUUACUUUGCUCAAGUCAAGGGCCUGCUGGGCUACGGCGUCCCUAGUUCGCAGUUGGUCUUUGGCAGUGACUUCCCGUACUCGCAAUUCCCCUAUGAGGCUUCUGCAAAGGCCAUCGUCGAUGCCGACUUCCUUACCGAGCUCGAGAAGUCGGCGCUGUUUGAGAAGAAUGUGGAGGAUAUGUUCCGGGUGCACUUCGAUGGGCACAAGGACUGA